AGGAAAAAUAUGGGUAUAUUUCACCAGAUCAUUGGGCAUGUCAGGCCUGUGAUCAUUUCAAAAGUGCAUGAGUCGUUAUCUGGAAGAAAGAUUAUACUAAAGUCGUUGAGUUUUAAGGAAAAGUACAAAGAUGGAGCAUGUGUGUCUGUACACAGCGAGAGUGUAUUCAAUGAUGAGCUGCGUGUUGCGGCAGCUAACGAGGGGAAACGCGAACGUGCGUCGGCGCGUGACGAUUCUGCACCGAAAGCCAAGACAGGAACCUGUCCUGCUGUGCCUGUUGCUGUGAGUGAUGGAAAUGACUCAAGAAUUGAAGUGAAAUCUUUGCUUCUUACCAGAGAUGAAACACAGAAGGUCAUUCGUGAUGGCAGUAGUAGUACAAUAGAGAAAUCCGUGUCUGGUGAGAAAAAUAAUAAAGCAGCGUUUAAAGAUAUAGGAAACACACCAGUGGAUGGGCUUGAUGUAAGCGAUCAAUGUGUGAUAGAUGACUCACAGAGCGACAUCGGAAAUGAUAAGGUGCAUGUGGAGACGUCCGUUAACAAUGAAGCAACGAUAAAGGUUGGACCUGUACCUGAUUUCCGGGAUGAAAUGUGUACAGAAAUACCUGACAGGAGUCAUAAAACAAAGGAGUCAGUUAAACCUGUAACUGAACCUGAGGAAGUGCUCAUUAAUGGUGAGACAAAGGCCACAGUAGCACCUGUGCAUGUUGGAGACGAUGCAGCUUUGAACGUACCUGAUACAGUCAAGUCAAACGAGACCGUUGAACCUGUGAGAGACACCACGGGUUCACAAAGCGAUACACGUUUGAGGGAACAUGCUAACGACGAGACAAGCAAGGUUCCAGUGGAGUCUGAUAUGUCCGUAAACGAUGGAGAAAAUACUUGUGACGUAUGUAAGGACGAUGAAGCAUUGAAGUCUGUGGUGAGCAUCAGAGAUCCAUCUGUAGAUGUAUUGGAUGAACCCAGAGAUAAGCUUGGUAUCAUAGAUGACAUUAUAGCUGUACGGGACGUGAAUAACACCAACAUGGAAGCUGAAUCUGAGCUCGAUGUCAGAGCCGAUGUGUCUGCAGAUGAACAGGAUGUAAAGAACACAAACAAACCUGGGCUUGAUGUCAAAAAUGAAACACCUGCAAAUUUACAGGAUGUGAACGUUAGCACAAAAGAUGAAACCCAAUGUCAGCUGGAUGUCAGAGACUGCAGCUCUGUGGAUAGGCAGCAUGAUAGUGAUACUACAGAAGAUAUGGCAAUCCACGAAGAAAUGUAUGCAAUGGAGGAGUGUGUGUCUGAGAACGAUGAGAGCAAUACCAACGAAAGUGGUAGAAAAACCACAGCCGAGAUCAAUCGUGAUGCUGACAUUAAAUCAUGCUCUGAGGAGCAGAACACUAUCGAAGAGUCUCAAGAUUGGACAGAUUGUAUAGAUAUGGAUAUCAGCGACGAUGAUUCAGAACAUGAAAACCAAGAGCAGGUGCAUGAAAUGACUGUCUCUGGUGGUGAAAUCCUUCCUAACAUGCUUAAAGAAGAUUCUGUAAAGCUGCAAGAGGGUGAAAUAAAAGCCGAGGCACACGUGGCAGGCGGUUAUAAAGAGCCAGAGAUAUCUGAUUAUUCAUUUGCAGGUUAUGCGAGCGCAACAUCCGAUCAGUUAAUUACGUUGCAGGAAGGCAAUAGCUCAUCUGCUGUUAGUGACCUUUGCAUCCCGAAACAGAAUGAGAGUGAAAGAACUAUCAUGGUUAAACAUGAAACCACUGAGGUCAAUCAGUACCAACCCAGAAAAGUGUGCGAUGAUGUCCUCUCUGUAGCCGAAGUUGCUGAACCAUGUGAAAUAACAGACUGUAGCAUCCAGGGCACAGCCAAAGAAGCUGAAGAUUUAGCAAUUUUAAAUAAAAAUGUUGGGUCAUGCAAAGAAUCCAAAAUGCUAAAAAACAGCACCGACCAGAAACCUAAUGUCCCUACAAUUUGUGAAAAGUCUGCUGCUAAAAGGCUUGAGAUACAGCACAAUUUUGAUGCAUCUCCAUCAGCUCUGCAAAUAGAUACUGAGAUUGAGGUAAACAGCAGAUGCGGUACCCCAACUCUGGAUGAACGAACAUACAGUUCUGGGACUGAUGCAGGUUCGGGCAAUCAGGAAGUGAACGUAGAGGACACUUCUGAAAGAGAGGACUAUGGUUUACAGAAGAUCCCCACUAGUUCAUGGCUAGCACUCGAUAGUUCUGACAAUUCCCAGUCUGGAUUAGAGAAGUCUCCAGCUCACAGAGAAGAACGCUUCACUGAAGAUCCCAUUUGGCCACGUGAUACGUCUGCAGCCACAGUUAAAGAGACCAGUGAAAGCAAACCAUUUACAACCGAUGACCGUUUGCCAGAGGGGAACUUGGUUGAUUAUGACUUUGAUGCGAUUCCCACAUCUAGAAAUUUUAAAGAAGUUGAGCUUCAACAAGAUCAGUUUGACCACUUUUCUGGGCCGUAUGAAGACAACGCCUACGAAGAGCUCCCGUCACCAUGGACAAGCAGUUCUAGCUUUAAAACAAAGGAACAAACUGAUUUUAGUGAAUGGUACGCACCCGAUGAGGAUAGACGUUACACGAACAGCAUUUCCGUCCGUAGAGAAGUUGCGUACAGGCCGAGAGCGAUUACAGAGAGUAACUCAGACUUCCCCGGUUGGGUACAAAGAACUCAUUAUUCCCAAUCCACUCCCAAAACGGAAAAGUCAGAUGAAAGAGCUUAUUCUUUCAGACGUCGAGCAGGUUUAUACGAAUCGAACGACGAGUCCGAGAGUCACGGAACAGAGUCAAAGCGCUGCAGUAAAAAGAAGCGCAAGAGAAAGUCCUGUCAAAAUGACUGGGAUGAAGAAGACUUUAAUACAACCGUAGACUACAGCUUACAAAAAACCUUUUCGUGCAGUUCAGAUCAAACAAGCGUAUCAAGGACACAAACAUCGAGCCCGAAGCAGCACAAAGGGGAAAGCAAGCAGUCUUUCGACUGGCGCAGGUAUUUCAGAAGAGAGGGAAUAUUCGAUUCGAACGAAGCGGACAGUGGACCUUUUCAUGAUGCGCCUUCUUCUAUCGUUACUAUGCUCGACAAGAAAGGUAAUAGGGUGAUAUUUGAAAGUCCUUCCACUCAAAGGAGAUCAUCAGGCACACAUAGUACGAAUCAGAGUGUGAAAGAACAGCAAUCAAAUUCGAACACCCAGUCUUUAAUGGAGCACGAGUUACUUAUCUUUUCAGAGAAGAUGACUCAUUUGCUCAAAAACUCCAAGAGCACCUCCAGAGCCAAUAAAGACAGACGCAGAGCUACUAUCAGCCCCAGUGAAAACCCAAUGACCAUUCAAUUCUCAAGACUCGAUGAGCAGAACAGUUUUUCCUCCCACAAUCAUAUCUGGCCAACUCUUUCAACGUUUAAGAUAAACGUGGACAUGUCCGAAAGGACGGCUGCGAAGAAACCUGCAAAUUACAGCAAGCCCUUGCAUCUCCAAAGCCUUUUCUGCGAAAGAGGCACUCAAGCAACUUGCUCCAAGUUAUCCGACAUAUCCAAAGAAUGUUCAAAGUCCUACCACACCAUGAUGAACGACGUCUGUGUCGGCAAGACUGUUCCCCAUCAGAACGACGAGUUGAAAAGGAAAUGGGAUGCCGAGCGCGCGGCGACCCACAAACAGUCCGGAUUCUGCGGUCGCAUCAAAAAAGACAUGUUCAACCACCUGCAUGACAAUUUGAACUCGGUUGUGAGGCAGGCGUGCAAAACCAAGUACAAGUUCUACAUCUUGGUUACAUCAGCGGACCCGUUUUUUGAGGAAACCAAGGAUCUGUUGGAAGCUGAGGGCCACACUGCAGUUGAAUCGUAUCAGUUUGACUUUGAUGGCAACGGGCAAACUCCUCUACUUAUUAUCCUGAGAAACGAAGAUAUUGCAGAACACAUAUUUGAGGUCCCACAUUUGCUUGAGUUAAAGAAGUCAUCCAGAGUUCUGUUUGCGGGCAUCGAUCAGCCCGACGAUGUUGUAAACCUUACACACCAAGAGCUUUUGCUAAAGGAGGAUUCGUUGUUUUUGAUGAAACCGCGCUGGACACACUGAAUCUGGAAAACAUGAAAAAGGUCGUGGGCAUUAUGGAAGAACUAGAUAAAAAAGGGAAGUGGAAAUGGUUUCUGCACUACAGAGACAGCCGCAAGCUUCGGGAAAAUGCAAGGUGCAGACCUGAAGCCCAAAGGAGGAAACAGUUCAUCGACUGCUGCCAGGAAGCAGGGAUAGUGGAGGUCUUGCCUUAUCAUGAAUGCGACAUCAUUUCAAGGGACAGACCAGACUACCUUCGCUGUCUAGUCCGUCUCCAGAUCCAAAACGUCUCUGCCCGGUUCCCUGUUUUCAUUACAGACACACCGGAUGACACUUUUGAGAAGAACGGGAUUUUAACAAUGAACAUAUACACGUUCUCACGGAUUAUUUCAAACGAUACAUGUUCUGUUUCAUAAACUACACCCUUUCUUUUUGUACAAAUGGAUUUCUGUUUAGUUUAGUGCUCUUUUGUUUCAUAAAUAUAAAUUAUUUGUCAAUGUACAUGUUCUGCUAAAUGCCUGUUACUAUUUAUACUGUAGACCAAAUUAAAGCUUUCAAAUGGGAGGCUUUAUGUACAAAGUUUGAUAUGUAUUAAUUUUAAAUACUGUAAAAAAAAAAAUUCUUUGAUAUUUUAGUGUAUCUCAGUUUUUCAUAUGGUUUUAUAAAUCAUAUUGACCAAUUUUAAUAAAUCGGUUGAUUUA